UGUUAGCAAAGAGGGACAUGGAGCCGGUGCGGUAGGACUUCCCUGGUGAACGGGGCUUCUGUUUUUGAUGACUUGGGAAAAGUUGGACAUGGGACUCUUGAGGAUCUAGGAACGAGUUGUAGUUUGGACGUUAAAUUUCUUUGUUAUCUUCACUCUUCUGGGAGUUCGAGGACCAGAGAAAGAAGUUAAGAGAGUUUUAUCAAUGGCUAAAAAGAUACAGUGCGCAACCAUUGUCAAGAAGUGAAAGACAGAGAUAGUCACUGGUUACGGAGGAGCCCCAUCCUAUGCUUGGCCAGUUCCUUAAGUUGCAUCUUGGCCACACUUAAUGCAGUUUGUGCCCUGUCUUCGAAUUCAGAGCUCCCUCUCCGCCUCAAAGGUGUGAACCCCGUUUCUUCCCAGAGGGCUUAACUAGAAUGGGGCUAAAUACGUUUAUUGUAGGUAGGAAGCUACUUAUGAGUAUAUGACUUCGAACUGCCUUUCCAGUUUGGAAAAAUCUAUGUUUUUUGAGAACCUUACUUGAAGAUACAGUGCGUCAUCAUCAGGACUUGAUACUUGUUUUGUUUUUAUGUACUUAUGGUCAUGGAAAUUUAGAAUUGGAGAGACUAGAGUUCCUCUAGAUCCAGUAGUUUUACAGUUUGGGGGAAGCUUUGGAAUUCCUUUCUUCAUUCCUUCAUUCAACAGAUAUUGGUUGAGCAUCUUCUGUUUACCAGCUUUGGGGAUACAGUGGUGGAGCACAGAGACCUACCGAUCUAUGUCUUUGCCUUUUUAAAGCUACAGUUUAGUAUGAGAGACAUAUUAAUCAAAUAGAACUUAAUAUUGAAACUGGCCAUGCGCAUGAAUGAAUAAAGAGGGCCUAGGAUAGAGUCUUGCCGACCAGGUUAGAGGAAGAUGAAUCUUCAAAGAAGUUCCAGAAGGAGUGCCCAGAAAGGGAGGGAAAACCAGAGGAAAAGAUGCUGGAACCACAGGAGAAUGGCUUGAGUGAUCUACCAGAUGAUGAGAAUGUAGAUGAAACUUUCCCAAAUCCUUUCCCACCUCCAGCUUCUCCAGAGAGAGAUGGUGAAGGAGCUGAACCUGAUGAAGGAAGAGAAGUACUUGUUCCUGUACCUCCAAAGAGAACAGUUAAAAGGAAUAUACCCAAGCUGGAUGCUCAGAGAUUAAUUUCAGAGAGAGGGCUUCCAGCAUUGAGGCAUGUGUUUGAUAAUGCAAAAUUCAAAGGUAAAGGUCAUGAGGCUGAAGACUUGAAGACACUAAUCAGACAUAUGGAGCACUGGGCACAUAGGCUAUUCCCUAAACUGCAAUUUGAGGCUUUUAUUGACAGAGUGGAAUACCUGGGAAAUAAAAAGGAAGUUCAGACCUGUUUAAAACGAAUUCGACUUGAUCUGCCUAUUUUACAUGAAGAUUAUAUUAGCAAUAAUGAUGAAGUAGGGGAAAAUAAUGACCAUGAUAUAACUGCUACUGAAUUAGACCCCUUUCUGACAAAUUCACCUGAAAGUGAGAAGUUUGCUUCUGAGUCAAGUAGAAGCCUAACUGAAGAGCAACAACGAAGAAUUGAGAGAAAUAAACAACUGGCCUUGGAAAGAAGGCAGGCAAAGCUACUGAGUAAUAGUCAGUCCCCAGGAAAUGACUUGUUAACAAACACACCCCGGGCACAGAUAAUUGAAGAUGCUAAUAUGGAUGAGGAUCAAAAAGAGGAGUCAGACAGAUUCAACAAAGACAUUCUAGACAAUCCACAGAAUGCUGCUGCUGCCAAUACUGUAAAUGAAGAGCAGGAAUUAAAAAUGGAGAAAGCACAACUGGACCAAUCCUUUGAAAAUGUAUAGCAGUAUCUUUAUGCUUCAUCCAGAAAUGUUACUGAGGUUGGACAGACCUCAGCUAAGAGGAAAUCUGUUAACUUGGUAUCCUCCAAGUUUGAGAUUACUGUGUAUUUUGUCUACUUUGAAAUCCUUAUGUAGUAAAACCUUUACAGAUUCCUGUUUAAAAUCUGGUGUUUAUAAUUAUAAUUGUGUCUUACUAACUUUA